GGUCUCCCCACUUGUACUCAACUCACUUCUCGCCACUAUACACAUUGCUCAGUUGUCGUUGCUUGUUUGGAACUGAAAGAUUGCUCCAAACCUUCAACUUCAAUUCACAGUGGUGCGUUGUGUGCCUGCGUAUUUCCUUGAUUACAGCUUCUCAGGUCGACAACCGUGCCAACUUGUUAGGAUAAUCACUCCCGUCGUUCAGAUUCUUGUCCAACGCUGUCAUCUACUCAUCAUCACGCAUCAUGGAAGACUAUUACAGCGAUUCCAGCGAACUUGGGGAUGACGACGACACCCGUCCAAGUUUGCUCACUAAACUUGCAGACAUUCCAAACCGCACGAUCAAGUAUCUCAACUAUACCACCAAUUACGUGCCCACAUGGGGUGGUGAGGAAGCCUUUCGUGAAUCCUACCAGAACUGGAGAGACGGCAUGUUGAGGUCGUUCAAUCUUCACCUCUCUGAAUUCUCUACGAAAUACACGGAAGACAAGCAAAAGCGAUUCAUCCUCAUCCAAGCAUUCCAUCCAAGUACCAACGAACUGAUCGGUUUCAUCCAUUUCAAGUACGAUAAGGAGGGGUACUCAGUUGGAGGGUUGAAGUUGGCAAAUUUCAAAGCCAAACUUGCGUACAACACACUUGGCACCGGCGCUACAUCUAAAGCCUUCGCUUUGAAUCAGACGGGGCAGCAUGGUGAAGGAAUGAAGCUAUCUGCACUGGUCUUUCGUCGAGGUGGUCAUAACUUCCGCAUUGAGAGUGAUGAUUUCAGAUGGAACUUCAUCUUCAAGAAAGGAGAACUUGCAUGCUGCCUCAAGCGCGUGAGUGAUAAGACCCUGGAUAAGUUGAAGAAGAAGGCAAACGUACAACCGAGGUCCCUGAACGUAGAUCCUUCGAAGGAUGUAUGUGUAAUCAUAGGCGCUCCAGGGUCGACGCGCACUGUUGAUGGACUCAAAGCUAAGGGAGACAAAGUUCACAUCGACAAGUUCAAGGAGUGGCUGAAGGUCACACUCGAUAUCGACCCACCGAAGAAGAUGGUUCGCACAAUACAAGGUGAUCUCAUCCGAGACCCUAUCUAUCAAGGACAGAUGUACCUUCACGGUCUACUCCUUCCCAGUGGGGGUAUGAGUGGGAGACCGUACGGUUACGGGUACAAUUUUGUUAAAGGCCACACCACGCGUGAUCGAGAAUCUCUAUCCGGGUCAGGAGAAGAGAGUAAAGGGAUUGCAGCAAUAUGGGCAGCGGCUAUACGAGCAAAGGAGACAGACGAUUCGGACCUUAUAAGCGAGUACACGACUAUGUUGUUGAAGUCUCUGAACAAGAAGGGCGACGCGAUGCUGAGCAUUGACGACAAUCCUCUUCCUGAAGAUAUUGCGAAAAGGGUCUGGCAACAGAUGCUCGUCAUGAACAAAGGUCUACAAGGACGGCCAGCCUUUUAUUACUCUGCAAUCGAAGGCAAAGAUGAAGUGCCGAUCAUUGAACAAAGCCUGAAGCAAAAUCCUAUACCGCUAGACCUGGAGAUGUGGAAGCUAUUGCGCAAAUUCCACCUCUGUAGGACGCCAAGCGAGGAGCUCCAUCAUCGAUUUAAGUCUGCCAAAGUCGUAAAAGUCCCAGACAAUGACUUUGCAGCACACAUGGACUGGAUGUUGAGGUGUCUCCUGCAUUCUUCGGUCAACACCAGCGCUAUGAAGCUUACGUUCGUAGAUGGAAAACACCUGCAGAUUGAUGCGAACUACUUCGCGACGACUUGGAAGAUCCAUCAAAAGUGGUUGACACACGAUGGUAGCCACGAAAAGGUUUUUUGUGAAGAGAUGCGUACAGACGAGCAUGAUACUUUUCUGUGCGAUCAUGCUGUCCUCCAGUUGUGGGAUACCAUGAUCUCCCAGCUUAUCGCGACUGGAGAACACGAUUGCAUCGCUGAGGAGAAAGCCUGGCUGAAGAGUCUUGCAAGGGGGCGUUUAUCACAGAUGCCUAGGUCGGUUGAAUGCAUCACAAACGACAAACGAGGCCAACUGGUUGUUGUAUGGAAGUCUGUCGACUCGCAUCAGAACAAAGGCAAACCCGUGAAGGUUGUCUUGCAUACACAUGAUUGUGUGGGAGUCUCUCGCCGCUCUCCAAGCUAUAUGUACUGCAUGGAUGAAGAAGAGCGUAAUUGUACAUGUCCUUGUCUGUAUUCACAAGCUGUAAGUGAAGGUGUAACCUUCAUCGACUUGAAUCCUGACAAGGAGUACAUUCCCUGUGUAUCGAGGGAUGCAGAAGGAGCAUUUGUUGCACUCCAACCAGGUUCGAUCCAACCUCGCAGCAAUGAUGUGGUCGAUGUUUCGGAACCAGAUGCCCCUUUGGUGUUGACAACAGCAGGUAGCAAUUUUCAGAAAGCUCGAGUCGAGGAUGCCGAUGAUGAGGACGACGAGGUGACUCUACGUCCUCAGUCUCUGAUACCAGAUAGAACGCCCGUUGACAAGGAAUCUGCAGCUGCUCCGACCGAGCUACACAGUCCAGCUGACAGCGACGAAGAUGUCUUCGAUGCCAUUAACUGCGACAAUGACAACGGAUCACUCUACGAAGACUUGGCAAGCAACUCACCUCCUCCAACGCUACUUUCACCACCUUCGAGCGAAACAGACUACGGCGUCGACAUCGCUGAAGAUAGGAGUAAGUCAACCUUCCAGGUAUCUCAUCAGAGUAUGACCAACCCGCCAGUUGGAUCGCCGAGAAGCUCUAGAGAUAUUGUGAUGUCAGAGAGAUCUGCACCUUCAGCUGCUGUAGAAGCAUACACCCUCGGGGACCACAUCACACACAACUCACUGGACUGGGGUGGAAGCUUUCCGGGUAGCCAUGACUUCUUUCGUACCCGCAACGCUCCAGAUGAGGACAUCUUCAUACUCAAGCCCAAAUCUCGGUUGAUCAAUGCGAAUGGAAAACGUGUACGUUUGGAUGAGACGGGCUAUAUCUCCUCCAAGCGUCCACGGCAAGACGUUGGUGCAGGGGAUUGACAGAGGACGGAGGCUGAGCGCAUACACGACUAUCGUGAGCACCGUUUGCUAUCUGUCCACUGAACAGGAGAUGGCGCCGUUGAAGGCUGAGCGAAAUGCGAUGUUCUCCACCUUGCACGAACGUUUGAUCUUAGGACUUCUCUCGUACGACCAUACAUUCCCUGGCUUCGAGAGGUCCCUCUCAUACCUUUCGUUCUUCUUAUCGGCGUCGGGGUUGUCUUACAAGUCUACGAGGGUUUUUUUACUUCUCUCACCCCGAGCAUUGGAUUCGUAAGCUGGUUGGGAUGUAUGAUCAUUUUACUGCGUCAAAGACAAGAGAUUCGCUCUUGUCACAGAUGGACGUGUCGACGCAGCCGUUAGUUGGCACUGUGAUACAUACAAAUCUUGAUCACAAGUAAUGUCUGGAUUGCAAGUAUGCAUACUACACAAGCGCAUGAAUGAAAUUACC